AUGCACAUCGUCUCGAAAUCGCCACUGGUCAUUUACAUCCCAGAUUUCGUUACACCAGCCGAACGAAAACAUCUCCUGGAGCUUGGAAGCGAGACCUUCACCCACUCCGGCGUCAUCGACGCAGCCGGUGGAAAGACAACCCAUCAAGUCCGCACCUCGCAGAGCACAGCUCUAUGGCGAGAUGAUGUCGUUCGCUGUAUCGAGGACCGUGCCAUCGCGUUCCAAGGCUACAGCAUGCCCAAGAGUCACAUUGAACCCCUGCAACUAGUCAAGUAUGGGCAGGGCCAGCGGUAUCACUUUCACACCGACUGGUUCACAGAUCCCAAGCAUACCACGGCAUCUCAGGGCGGGAAUCGGAUAUCGUCUUUCUUUGGAUAUGUCUCUGUUGUCAAUGUGACGGGCGGGGGAACCAACUUCCCCAUGUUAGAUGCCCCUCACGACGAACGGUGGUGCGAAUUCAUCGACUGCGACGAGCCUUGGGAGAAUGGGGUGACGUUCCGUCCGGUGGAAGGCAAUUUUGUGUACUGGGAGAAUCUUUUGUGGGAUGGCACUGGAGACCAGCGAAAUCUGCACGCCGGGCUGCCUGUGACCAGUGGGCAGAAGGUUGGCAUGAACAUUUGGACGCGACAGGCGCCUCUUAGCAAGGAACUCCGAGGAGAAGAAUAA